GGCCUUGCAGGAGCUGCCGAGCAUGAUGGAUGUCGAUCGCGGGGAUCUGUCCAUGGUCAAAUCGACCUCGGACGUGUUGAACAAGGCCAUAGAUAUCAUCAAUACUGCCGCGCCCGCGAUGGGUCUAGCCCCAUUAUCCAGCCGUGAGCCGUCGAAGAAGCGCCGUCGCUCCGAAUCGCCUGACACAGUGGCCGGGCAUUACUGCAUCACCUGCCAAUGCAACAUGUCCGAUGACUUUGAGUCCCCUGGCAAACGACGACGUUGUGACGCGAAGAUCGUCACUCGGGCUCACCUAACGGUGGACGAGCUUAGAGCGCGCGUUUCGAGCCUCUCACAAGAUCUCCUCGAACUUCAACGUCAUAGGAACAACAUGCUCCCUGCCUGCCGUCUCCCACCUGAGAUUCUCGGCAUGAUAUUUCUCUACGUUCGGGACUCAUCAUCCCAUGCCAGUGGACGAUAUGAAUGGGUCCGUGUCGCCCAGGUCUCACACUACUGGCGGUCUACGGCCCUUUCCACGCGCGGACUCUGGUCCAUUCUGGAUUUGCACCAACCUGUUGCGGCACUCGAGAUGAAUCGCCGAGCAGACCCUGUUCCCCGCUACCUGUAUUCUCACGCAGAACUUCCCAGAGAACCCACCGCCCAGAAUCUAGCCGCACAACUGCAGGAGGAGCUCCGGCAUGACCCUAGCUGCGUAAAGGGCGUUGAUGGGCGCGCCUGGUACCAUGUUCGGUCGAUGGUGGCAUACCUUCCCGAGCUCCUACAUUGUCGUUGGACUGCGCCCCCGGAAGAGGUCUUGAAUUGGAGUUGUCCGCGCCUCACGAACCUCGAGCUGUUGGAAGCCACUUCCUUCGAUUGGCGCUCGGCUCUGCUACAAUCGCCUGCCAACUUGAGGCACCUACGGGUCUCGUCGGUAACGGACACCGAUCGUCCAGCGGUCUCAAUCAAGGGAGAUCUGGCUCAAGUCGUUACCGUACUUCAGCAACAUACAGGCCUCAACGAGCUUGUGCUAGAAAACGUCCUCCCCUCCUGGAACAGGGCCGUUGAGGCGCUUGUUCCUGUCAAGGUUCCGCUUCCGAACAUGACCCGAUUGGAGAUUCAGGACUCCGAUAUUCGAGCUGCGAAUUGGCUCCUGAGCCGUCUUCAGCUUCCUCCCACAUGCAGAACUAGCUUCCGUAUCGUGACGAGAGUAACAGAUCGACGCGGACGCAUCACUCCCUCCGAUGUCACCAGGUCGUGGCGCACGCUCACUGCCACCGGUCAGCGGUACAACGUCCUCGCCUUGCGAUUCCCCGGGAGUGAGGGGUAUUACGCUGUCCGGACGCAAGUAUUCCAUGCGCUUGACCAGCCAGAACCCAACGUCGAGUUCUGGUGGCCGUGGCUAGAUAACAACACCAUCAAUGGAACCUUUCUCUCCAUGCAAAGUGACCUUGCUGCCACAGAACCAUCUACGCUCCUGUUGGAGUUUGGGGAGUUCUCGAAACAUACAGCAGGGCUGGUAGCCGCACUCGGAAAGAUGUCCCGGGUCGAUACCAUCCGCAUCAAGUCACACGGCUCUCGAUUACGCAAUGCCGCGACUUUCCUCUCUUCCAUCCGGGGCAUGCAGCCGUUGGCACCAAAUCUGCACACCCUCGUUCUCGAGGGUACAUACUCCUACGACACCGAUGGCAAUAUGACACUUCGGCAGCGGAUUGACGUCGAGGCCAUGGCAUUCGCUGCGUCCCUGCUGCGUCGCGUUGAGGAGGGUUCGUUGAGGAAGCUACAACUCCGUACGCAUUGGGAAAAGAUGGACCUAUGGGUUCGGGCGUUGAGAAGGGCACUGCCAGGGAUCGAAAUAGAGCAGGCAUACAAUGCGGACGAGCAGUGGGUCCGGAACAUGGAAUACUAG